AUGAUUAUACGUUUUCUAUUACUACCGCCGGUGUCAUGGGACGACGACAACGAGGAGCAGCGUCUGCGCAGCCGCGGCGGCGACCGCGACGAGAGCGGCCGCACGCAGCGCGGCAACCCGGCGGCGGGCCUCCCGUCGUUCACGUACAACCGGUCGGUGAGACACAACGUGACGGGCGAGGAAGCGGCGACGUGCUCCGUGUGCCUCGGCGCGUUCCAGACCGGGGAGGCGGUGCGGCUGCUGCCGGUGUGCCUGCACCUGUACCACGUCGAGUGCAUCGAUCCGUGGCUGGACGCGCACUCAACGUUGAAAGCGUUACAAGAAAUAACUUCAGCUGGUCUUCUCUCGGUGGCUGUUGGUUGCAAGAGUCUAUCUGCUCUCCGCCUUAUGAGCUGCAAGAACGUAGGAUGGAUGAAGCUCCAGAAGUUUUGGUUUCAGAAUAAGUAUUUGCCAAACACAUUUAAGUUUGAUGGCCCUUCGUCUAUGGUAGGCAGCCAGUCUAGAUAUGACUUCUGCUGUGAUUUCUUGAAGGAUUUGACUUUGGCUCGGAUCACAACGGAGCAAGAAAUAGGACUCUGUUGUCUCCUGAGAAAGUGCAAAGCAUUAGAAAAUAUUUCCCUUUAUUAUGCUCUUGGUGUACAUGACAAUGACAUGAUUACGCUAGCUCAGAACAACAGAAACCUUAGAAGCAUCUCACUUAUGCUGACACCUCAGCACUGUGAAGAUUAUGUUUACAGGACAUCAUUGACUGAUGACAGCCUAAAGGCCAUAGCCCUCUGGUGUCCAAUGCUUCAGUCUUUCGAGCUCACAUUUUUUGGAUGCAAACCCGAUUACCCUGAAAUAGGCUUCACACAGGAGGGCCUUGUGAUGCUCAUUCAGUCUUGUCCAAUUCGUGAUCUAACACUCAGUGGUGCCAACAUCUUUGAUGACGAGGGAAUGAAGGCCCUCUCAUGUGCACGAUUCCUAGAAUCGCUCAAGCUUGUCCGUUGCAUUGCGAUAACUGAUGCUGGGGUGCACCUCCUUGCACGCAGUCCAUCUUUGAUCAACCUCACGCUAGAGUUAUGUGAUGGUUUGACAUAUCAUGGAGUAGCCGAGUUUGUGCGUGCACGGAAGUUAGAGUCUCUGACUAUUGAAAAAUGUUCUCGGAUAUCUCUCAAAGCUGUACAAGGGGCUGCCAAAACUGUUCACCACACUGAUGACUGCCCAGGCUUUAAGGAGUGGGUGGAACGCUGUGUGUAA